AUAACAGCUCCGGAAGAAGCUGUCAUUUUGCUCCCGUCUCGCCUGUUUCUUGUCAGAGCUUCCCACCAGGAACGACAUCAAGUAAACGACAAAUGUAACCGUUUAAUUGAAAGCCUGAACAGUUUCCACAAUGAGACGCUUUCUCAGUGUCCGUCGGCCGAAAGCGUUCCUGCUGCUGCCUUUUCUGUUGACGUUCCUUCUCGUCGGCAGUCAAGGCGAGAGCAAUGCGAUGGAUAACGUCGCAACCGAAAGGAUGGCUGAGGAAAGCCACCGACAGGACAGUGCCAACCUGCUCAUAUUCAUAAUGCUCUUAACGCUCACCAUUUUAACUAUAUGGCUGUUCAAACACCGACGGUUUAGGUUCCUGCACGAAACCGGACUUGCCAUGAUUUAUGGCCUGUUGGUAGGUGUGAUCCUAAGGUUCGGUGUCCACGUCCCUCAAAGUAUGACUGAUGUGGUCCUCAGCUGUGCUGUCAAUGCCAGUCCAGCUACUCUGCUGGUCAACGUUAGUGGGCGAUUCUACGAGUACACUUUGAAGGGGGAAGUUAGCCGAGGCAAGGGUCACCAAGUGCAGGAUGAUGAGAUGCUGAGAAAGGUGACCUUUGACCCCGAAGUGUUCUUCAACAUUUUGUUGCCUCCUAUCAUCUUCCAUGCAGGAUACAGUCUAAAAAGGAGACAUUUUUUCAGAAACAUUGGUUCCAUCCUGGCUUAUGCUUUUAUGGGAACAGUUAUAUCCUGCUUUGUUAUUGGGCUCAUCAUGUACGGCUUUGUGUCAUUUAUGAAAGUCGUGGGCCAGCUAGGGGGGGAUUUUUACUUCACUGACUGUCUCUUCUUUGGGGCCAUUGUUUCAGCAACAGACCCAGUGACGGUGCUGGCAAUAUUCAACGAGCUGAAGGUAGAUGUGGACCUGUAUGCUUUGCUCUUUGGAGAAAGUGUCCUCAAUGAUGCUGUGGCCAUCGUCCUCUCUUCUGUUCUCCUCCGCUUGGAGAAGCAGGGUAGGCGGGCGGCUGGAGCCGUGCUCUCCCCUGGAGACAACGGCUCAGCCUGGCCUGAGGAACGAACAGGAGAAAACCAAACAACACUGAGUCCCCGUUCCAUUGUGGCGUACCAGCCUGCAGGAGACAACAGCCACAGUUUUGAGGCCAUGGCUAUGUUGAAGUCCUUUGGUAUCUUCCUGGGUGUCUUCAGUGGAUCAUUUGCUCUUGGAGUGGCCACCGGAGUCAUGACCGCUCUCGUGACCAAGUUUACAAAGCUGAGGGACUUCCCUCUAUUGGAGACGGCUCUGUUUUUCCUCAUGUCCUGGAGCACCUUCCUGUUGGCUGAGGCCUGUGGGUUCACAGGCGUAGUGGCAGUGCUGUUCUGUGGGAUCACUCAGGCUCACUACACCUUCAACAACCUCUCUCCUGAAUCUCAGGACAGGACCAAACAGUUGUUUGAGCUGCUGAACUUCCUGGCUGAGAACUUCAUCUUCUCAUACAUGGGCCUGACCCUGUUCUCCUUCCAGUCUCACGUCUUCAACCCUUUAUUCAUUAUUGGAGCCUUUCUGGCUGUUUUUCUAGGCCGGGCAGCGAACAUUUACCCCUUGUCCUUCCUGCUCAACCUCGGCCGCAAGAACAAGAUUGGAUCCAACUUUCAGCACGUAAUGAUGUUCGCAGGGCUGCGUGGGGCGAUGACCUUUGCUCUUUCUAUCCGUGACACCGCCACCUACGCUCGUCAGAUGAUGUUCUCAACCACCCUCCUGAUUGUCUUCUUCACUGUGUGGAUCUGCGGAGGGGGCACCAUGCCCAUGCUGACCUUCAUGAGCAUACCGGUGGGGGUGGACUCAGAUCAAGAACACUUGAGUUCCGCUGUGCUGGAUGGAUCACAACGGAGGAACACCAAACAUGAAAGUGCCUGGCCCUUCAGGAUCUGGUAUAACUUUGACCGCAACUACCUGAAACCCCUCCUGACCCACAGUGGGCCUCCACUCACAGCCACUCUGCCCACUUGCUGUGGACCACUGGCACGAUGCCUCACCAGCCCACAGGCCUAUGAGAAUGAAGGUCAGCUCCACGACGACGACUCUGACUUCAUCCUGAAUGACGCCAACGUCAGUUCCAUGUACGCCGACGUCACCGUCAGCACGGACGCGUCGGGAUCCCGCACUGUCAACCGCAAGCGCUCGUCUGCUGCUGGAGGCAUGGGAGGCCCAUCCGACGACGGUCUGGAUCACGAACUGGCACUGGCAGAAAACGAAGUGGCGAUCAGGGGCACCCGCCUGGUCCUGCCCAUGGACGACCCGGUGGAGCCUCCGACCACCGUCACCCUGCCGCCGCCUCCCUCGCCGCCACGCUCUGACCCUCGUAGGCACAGACUGUAGGGAGGUUUGCGCCAUCAGAAUGCAGUUUGUCUUUUUCAUCUUCACAUUCACACCGUAAAUUCAUGAAGAAAAAAAGAAAUAUUUAGUUAAUUUAUUGAAACGACAGAUUUUACAUUUUAUGUCAUGCAAAAGACAGUUGUCUGAGCUCUGUGCUGAACCUGAGGUGCGUUUGAUUUAACUCACCAUUAAGUUGGAAUACUGUAAUACUGAAUGUAAAUAUGCUGCAUGUAAGGUAAGGUACUGUAAAUCAAACGCACCUCAAGUUGACAGGCUGAUUGCAAUGAUGUGUAAUGCACAUUUAAUCAUUAUCAGGAGGCUAAAGACAGGGUUGUUCUUCUGAGUUUGUCGACACUACUGACUACAGGGUGAUCGUAUACAGUUCACCCUCUGGUACUAAAAAAAACGUUCUGUAUGUUAGGCGUCUCUCUUGUACUUGUACGAUUACAUUUAGGACAGUCGGCCUCAAACAUCGCUGUGCUGUCACUUACAUUUACUGCUGUUAAGGGAGCAUUUUACACUACAAUCCAGCGACUAAUUUGACUAAAACCCUCUGUAGCUCUCUGCAUCCUGAAUGUUUGUGAAGUUAACUGAUAGAGAAGGUUCAAAGAGGAGGAAGCAUGGGAUAGGAUUGGCUGAAGAGAAAUCAGCUGGUCGGGUGCACAGACACCAGUGAUAUAAGCAGUUGUGGGGAUUUUGCAUUUUAUUCAGAGUACGACAAUGUGGUCUUGUUCGACCAAAAAAGCUCUACAUCAGUAUCCAAAAGCGUCUCUCUCUUAACACUGCCUCUUCUCUUGAUCAGUUUAUUUACUUGUUGAUUUAUUUAUUUAACAGGUAUGAUUUAUUUAUGAAGUGGUUCUUUUCAUUUAUUUAUUUAUUUAUUGUUCUGUUGUGUGGCGUUAAUGACUACCUUACCCUGUUGAAACUGGCUCGAUUGGGAAAGAUAUAUAUUUUUUUGUUUUAGCACCUUUUUGUAAGAAGCAUUAAGAUUCUUCUUUCAAACAGUAUGUUGGAAAUCGUGAGGGAAGUGGAUUUUCAUUCCAGGAGUUGGUCAUUUUUAACGUGCACAUGUUAAAACACUGUAGCAGAUGCUUCUACUUUAUAUUUGGAAACUAGAGCUUCCCUGUGCGUAUUUUACAAGUGUGUGCGUGUGUGGCUGAUGUCAGAAUUAAAUUCUCCAAAUCUACUGAUGUGGUUAUUAGGGCUAAUGUCUGUUUAUGGGUUUUCUGUCAUCAUCUGGACUAAUCUUUUUUUUUUGUUUUUGAAGAAAAAGAAAAGUUACUGCCAUGUCUUUGUGUGAUGUUUUAUCAUCAAAGAUGACCUGAGGGCUGGCUCAACUGUUUUCAAUUGAAGUGCCUAUUCAGAAAAUUAAUUUACCUAAUGUAGAUUUGUACAUAUUUCAUUUGCUAAUGUGCAGUAAGAUUGUUCGUUUUUUUUAAUAUGAUGUUUACCCUUUUAAAUCCCCGUAAUUAUGCCAGUAAGUGACGGCUUGCAGUGUAACUAUUUGUUUUUGUUGUUUUAAAGCUGGUUAGCAAAGGACAGGGCAAAGUAAAAUACUACACAUGCAUUAAUGGGGAAAACUAACACUGGAUAUGCUCAUUUUGUGACUCAUGAUGUAUAAUGGACAAGCUGAACGCAACAAAAACUUGGCGAUCUGUUUUAAGACUUGAUUUUGCCAGUAAGGUAAUGAGACAUUUAUACAAGAGGGUGAUUUUAGAUUUGUCAGUGUUAUUUAACAGAUGUAAUUCUUGUCUUUUUCGCAAACCUUUUUAAUGAAACUUCUUUAUUCUGUUUCGUAUGAGACGUGUCUCUCUUGCUUUAGUGCUGAGCUGACCUGUCUAGAACAAAAUGGUUGAAAUUACAUAAUAAUCAAAUGUUAGCAGACAUUAAAAAUACGUGUUGAAAUGCACUGUCUUAAUGACUUCACAGUAAGAUGAAAGCAGUGUUCUUAAUAUCCUUUUUAUGUUUGAGUUUGGUACGAUGCUCCUUUUUUGUUAAAUGUGUUCAAACAAUAAAAUACAAGAAAAACAAA